GCCCUGCCCCUCCGCCGCCGCCCCGUCCCCUCCCCUCCCCGCCGCGGGCGCGGGGGCUGCGCGGCGCCGCUGCGCGCGGGCGCGGCGCCGCGGCACGGGCAGCGGCAGGGGCGGCGGCGCCGCGCAGCGCCCGCGGGUCGGGGGCAUGCGGGAGCCGGCGCCGGGGCCGCGCCGCCGCCUGCCGCUGCCGCGGGGCGGCGAGGGCGCAGCAUGCCCUGGGGGGUCGGGCUGGCCGCGCCCCGCUCCUGCGUGGCGGACCUGAGCCGCAACCGCAGCCUGGCGCUGGGCUGGUGCGCGGGCCCCGAGGAGCCGCCGCACGCCCUGUAUGGGGGGGACAUCGUCGCCUUCCCGCUGCCCGCCGCCGGCGGCACCAUGGCGGCGCUGGGCUCCGACUCCUGGUGGAAGAAGACGCUGUACCUGACGGGCGGCGCGCUGCUGGCCGCCGCCGCCUACCUGCUCCACGAGCUGCUGGCCAUACGGAAGGAGCAAGAGGUUGAUUCGAAAGAUGCUAUUAUACUGCAUCAAUUUUCAAGGCCUAACAAUGGUGUUCCGAGUUUAUCUCCUUUCUGUCUGAAAAUGGAAACUUACUUAAGGAUGGCUGAUUUACCCUACCAGAACUAUUUUGAUGGAAAGCUUUCCCCUCAAGGGAAAAUGCCUUGGAUUGAAUACAAUCACAAAAAGGUGUCUGGCACUGAGUUCAUUAUUGACUUUUUGGAGGAGAAACUUGGAGUGAAUUUAAAUAAAAACCUUGGUCCACAUGAAAGAGCUGUUUCCAGAGCAGUGACAAAAAUGGUGGAGGAGCACUUCUAUUGGACUUUAGCAUAUUGCCAAUGGGUGGAAAAUCUCCAUGAGACGCGAAAGAUGAUUUCAGUGUGUGGCCCCUUUAGUGACUUGCUGAAGUGGAUUCUCUGCCAUCUGACAAAAGGGAUUGUGAAACGGGAAAUGUAUGGCCAUGGCAUUGGCCGCUUCUCUGAGGAAGAGAUAUACACGCUGAUGGAGAAGGACAUGCGAUCUCUAGCAGGCCUUCUGGGUGACAAGAAAUACAUUAUGGGACCAAAGCUUUCCACUGUUGAUGCCACUGUCUUUGGACAUCUGGCACAGGCAAUGUGGACGCUACCAGGGACUAGACCAGAGAGACUAAUCAAAGGUGAACUGAUUAACCUUGCGAUGUAUUGUGAACGAAUAAGGAGGAAAUUUUGGCCAGAAUGGCACCAUGAUGAUGAUAACACUCUGUAUGAAUCUGAGGAAAGCAGUGAGGCAAGCAAGACUCACUCCCCCUUGCAGGACUUCAGCUUUUAUUCAAGGACAGAAACAUUUGAUGAGGAAGGGACAGAGAACAGCAUUUCUCAUACCCCUGACACAGAUUACACCGGACACUCCCUCUUUGAUUCGGAUGUGGACAUGGAUGACUGCCGAGAUCAGGAACAAUGCAAGUGAUGUGUAUGAGCAUCUGCCCUUUAGCACACAUGCUGUUUCUUGGGAUCAGUCUGAUUUAUUUUUUUCUCCAGGUUCUGAAGAGGUUUGUACCACUUUGGAAGAGAUCAUUGUCCUUGAUGUGGCUAUCACAUGCAACCUGGACUAUUUCAACCUUAUUUCAUUUUGUGUAACUGUUCAGAUGGAACCAAGGUAAACAGUUAUUUAAAACACACAUGGGAAAACUGGAGGUCCGGAGGGCAACGGGACUUUUCAGUCUGCAUUUUGCUCCCAUUGCAAAGCAGAUCCCAGAAUUAGGUGGGAGAAUCCUCCAAGAAGUGGAGCAUUUUUAAGAGCUGGUUUGUGUUGAGAUCUUAUCUUCACAGAAACAGGCUGAGGACAAAAAAGGAAAACAGGUUACUGGCACACCCUUCUCCCUUAGAAGGAAAUGAUGAUGCAGUGUUGAUUUGGCAAAGUUUCGGGAGGCUUUUAUUUGAUGGCUUCCUAUACUUUGGGUUCAUAUGCUAUUACAGAAUGUAUGCAGGAAAGGACUGCUCCUAGUUAUUUUGGAGACUGUUGAGAAAGGCAGGAGGAAAAUAUGUUGCUAAAGAAGGCAGCUUUUUAAUGUUUCUUAUUCUUUGCAGAAGUUUGAAAUCUCCAUUCUAGAAUGUUUUUAUUCGGAAGGAAAAUGUUAGUUUUAAUGUAUAAUCUCCCAAACGCUUGUCUGGAAAGUGUGUUGGCCAAAGCCUGCCUCAAGCAUCUAAAUUUUCUCUGUGUUUUUGAAUAAUUAUUAUGUUUUUGCUUCCUGCCACUGUCUAUUGUCUGCUAUUGCCAGACACUGCUAAAGAAUUGGGAUUUAUUACUGAAAGUCUGGUUCAUCUCAGGAGUGGGUGCUUUAUGCUCUUCACACAAAGUUUGCAAAACCAUUUUGGAUGCUUCUAGGUGUGGGAUGCUGUGUAAAUACAAGAUGCUGGCCCAGGCAAUCAGAUGCUUUAGAGCUGGCUAGGAAGGUGCUUCAGUGAAUGUCCUGCAUUGUGCUGGCUUUAUAAUGUGCAGUUCUUAAAGGCAAUGCAUAGGAGCAAGCUGUGGUAGACAGCUGUGUCAGUGCUAUGGUCUGUGAGGGUUCCCAGGUGCUGAAGUAGUAAUCAGAAUUGAUCUUAAGGCAUCUUUGUUAGCAUGUCUGUGAGUCUGGAAAACCAAAUCAAGAAUAAUUGCACAGGUGCUGAUGUGCCUUGUGUUCAUGUCUCCCUAAAUGCAGGUUAGAAGUCAGAAUAAAUCUACUGGAUUUACUCACCUGUGUGAAGUUAAGCAUGAUCAUCAGUGCUGCUUGGCCUUGACUGGUUGAUUUUAAGCAGAAAGAAAGCAUAUGGAAAAUAAAGACAAUUUUGGUCUUUGUAAACAUGUGAGUAAGACCAGAUAUUUUGCCUGCAAACUUUGACAGUGGUCCUUUAAAAAUAUUUUAACUUUAGCUUUCUUGGUGAUUUACAUUGAUGAGGAUCCCUCAGUAAAAUUUUUAUAAUAUGUUGGUUGUGUCACAGGUUCUGGGAAGAGACAGGGCAGAUAGGUGCUGUGGAAUGUAAAUUGUUGGCUGUCCUGAUAGUCUGGAGUUUGAAAUAAGCAGAGGAAUUUCAAUGCUUUCAGGGAAAAAUCUCUUUUUCUAGGGAUCUUUUCACAGUUUGUAGAGUGUCUCCUAGAUAGGAAAAUGCUUGCUCUGGGGAAACACAGAGCUAGCUGUGGCUCUGAUAGCAGAGGGGAACAGUUCUGCAGUGAAUGCCCCUGUCUGUUCCAUGCACGGGGCCUGCUACAAUGAGAGCAGACAGCUGGUGUGGUCUGAGAUGUGUGUGUGUUUGCCUCUGUUUCCUAAAUCCCCUACACAAUUCCUUGUAGCCAAGUUCCAGUCAAUGAUCUCCAUUGUCGUGGAUGGUUAUCAUUUGCAAAAUGAAUCAAAAAUGAGAAGGCGGAAGAUAUAAUCCAAUUACUUAGGACUUUUCCCAGCAAACUAAGCACAGGAAUAAGGCACACAAAGUUAUGUCUUGCCUUGAAAACACAGAGGUGAUGGUCCGAAAUGCCUAUGAAAUGUCACAGACACCAGGGCGGAUGUUAGCUACAAAAAUUUGAGUCCUGGUAUUCUGAAUAAAAGGGAUCUACAUCAGGAAAAUCUUAUUUAAAAACGUUCAUGUGUUUGUGUAUCCACGAAGUGAGCUUUAAAGCUCUGUAUUUGAAGGCUAUGCUUUCUUGGCCUUUUUAGCAUUAGGAGAGUUUUAUUUGCAGGCUUGGUGGUCCCUGCUGACAGCAGAUACAUGCCAGCAGUAAAGUCUCAGCUAUUAAAAGACCAGCCUGAGUUCAGGGGGCAGUGUUUUCUUUAUAAAUUCACUAGACUGGCACACCUGUCUGUGGCAGCGGUGUUUGUGUAAUCCCAAAAUACAGGUUAACCAGAAGUCAGUGACAUAAUUUUAUCCUUCCACAUAUGUUCAGCUAGAUUUUGAUUCCAUAUGGCUGCACACAGCAGCAGGCAUAGAAGUGGUGCAAAUCCAGUGUCAUGUCACUAUCUUUUCCCCCAAUAUCUGAAAUGCUUUUCAACAGGUAGCCCAAAACUUUGUUUCCAGGAUUGCUUGUGUGAAUGAUUCAGUGCUAUUAUGCAGCACUGAGCCUAGAUGAAUGAGAAUCUGAAUUGAGAAUAUCCCUCUUGGUGUCUUUCCUAUGUUGAGGAGAGUGAAAAAAUCAAAAGCAUUCUGUAGUUUUUUAUUGCAAGUGACUGCACUGCUACAAAGGUUUUUUCCCUCCCUCACGCUUGUAUCUUCAUGAAUUUUGAUUUUUUUUUAAUGUAAUAGGAGAAAGGUGGAAGAAGCAAAAUCAUUUGAUAUCUUUACCACAUCUCAUGAGGAAUAUUUGCUGGAAUAGCGUUUCAGACAGUAAAAACUUACAAAACUGUAGGCUUGUGGUAGGUCUCAUUGGAGUAUGUUCAUACAGCCUGGGGAAAUCAUUUCUUCAGCAUGGGCUUAAAAUCUGAUGUUUCUGGUAUUGUUUGAAUCCAGUGCAAAUGACUGCACUGUGCGGGUGUUCAGAAACAGCUCAGACUCAGUUCCAGGAGUGUCAGACUUGCUCCACAUGCUCAGGCCAUCUGUGGUGCGCGUGUAUUUAUGCCUGGUACUCCAGGCACUGGGCAUUCAGAGUUUGCAGAAUUCAGUGUUUCUGAGGAAAGCAAAUAAUAUAAGAGAGGAUCCAUUUAUUCAACUUGUAUGCACACAAGUAAGCCUUAAUUUUGCAUGUGUAGCCACAGGGAUCAGAAGCUUUUAGAGCCUGCUUGGAACAGCAUGAAUUGGGCUUUCACUGUAUUGGAGUUGAUAUAAUUUAGGGCAGAGUUUGGGUUGGUGGGUUUGCUGUUUCAGUAGAUUGCGGUGUAACCGUUAAGACUGCAUGAAGAAUAAUUACUACUCUGAGAAUUUCAGAGAUGAGACAAGAUCCAAAAAAAGGAUUUGGGUGUCCCAGUGAAGACUUACCUAGUUGCCACCUACUCUUGAGUGCUGGGUUCUGCUCCAAGGGCAUUUUAUACAUUGACUAUUUUUGUGUAGAAGGCAUAAAUGAUUUUUGGAGCAGGGACCAGAACUCAGGUGACCCCAGCAAGCCUGAGUUCCUAGCUAGAUCCUAACAACCAGGAGCUCUCCUGUGAGUGCAGGGAGUCCUCCGGUCAGUUGGUUGUUUUUACAGUCAGGAAUGGGAAAAUGUAACUUCUUGUUUGAAGGAGCUUAUAAAAUGUCUUUUGAGGUAAUCACCUGGGAAGUAUCUUCUGAUACUACUACCCUGGAUAGAAGAAGAAAUUGGACUUUGUUGUUAACCCCGGAUGAGUACCUGAACUCUAAGAUAUUCAUGAAGCUAAAAGGCAAGAGACUGAAAUACCACAGAAGAGCAAGAUAGAAGGGGUGGGGGAGAGAAGGAAGGUUAGAUGAGGUGGAUCUCAUCCUGGGCUCUGCUAAGCAAUCGGAGGUGUGGCUGGGCUGGGAUCAUGUUGCUGCAUUCCUCCGUGGCACAGUAUCACUUCAGUUUGACAUUUCUGUCAUGUCAAAGCUUGCAAUGGGGCUACAGUUAUAUUCACAAGUAGUUUUUGCUUUUGCUUCAUUUUUGAAUAAUCAAUAUGUCUCAGUGGAGGCUUAACUUUGACAAGUGCAGGAACAUGUUUUGUUGUAGCAAAGUGAAACAAAAUAAGAGGAAGGAUCCAAAAGGUUUACAAAAGCAGAAGCAGCUUUUUAUUGUCAACUGAGAUGUUUCAAUUUAUUAAUCGGUUAGGUGAAUGUAUUUUAUAGCAUGUCAUAUGCCUUCCAUUUCUUAGGAAUUACUCAGGUUAUUUUAGAGGAGAGGCUGGUAACAUUCUCCUCAUGACAGUUAUUCUAGAAAAAGUCUACAUUUUGUGUUUGGCUGUGUUUCAAUGUAGAUGUAAAAUUACAAAGCAGUGUCUCUUGCUGAGAACAUAUGUCUAGUGUACUCUCAAGAUUUGGUAGGAAAUCUUUGGGUUAAUUUAUCCUGUCCAAAACAAAUAUUGACUGUUAGACUUGCUUAAAAGAAUUUAAUCCGUGCUUUCUUCUUUUGAAAACUGGUUUUGGCAAAAUAUUUCUGAAAAAAAAUUUUUUUAAAAAUCUUUCUUUUUUAACAAUAACAAAAGAAAUAGUAGUUCAUUUUGGUUCACAUGGAGAAAGUGAGAAGACGACUCUUCUGCAACAAAAAUACAGUUUUUUUAAACUUCCCAAAAUUUUGCUAAAAGAGCAACCUUUUCUUAGUCCUGAUAUAGAACUGAAAAUUGUCAGAGAACAUCUUCUUCCCCCUUUUUUUCCCCUCCUUCACUGUCCCUAGAUCUGACGCCCUAUUCUUCAAAAUUGCAAGCAAGUCCAUUUUAGAGAUGAACUUAGAGAUCCUGGCCACAACGCUGACUGGGAGCCUGGGAAGUAAGGCAUCUGUAGUGGUGAAAUCCAGGCAGCCCCAGACUGCAGAAUGACUGGCUGGUGAGUUUUAAUGGCCUUUUCAAACUAGAGCUGGAGGGCAAAGGAGUCCAUGACAUUAGGCCUAAGAUGACAUUGACUGCAAAAGAUUUCUCUCUGGCUGAGCAUCCUACUGCUGCUCUGGAAAUGGCCAGAGACUCAUUACAGAGUGACAUUAGAAAGGGUUCAAAGGCCUUUGUCUUCAGAGUUGAAUGGCUUUGAGAGAGUCAUGGCUCCUUUUCUUCUGGCACUUGAGUGUGCUGCCUGUACACUAGUUGUGGUCUUUUCUGGUGGCUUAUACCGUGAGGCUUCACCUGUGGUUUUGAAAUGGAGCCUCCCAGCCUGUAGUGCCCAACGCUGAGUGCAGAGCAGCCAGCACAUAUGCAGGGAGGGUGGUUAUGGUCUUGGCCUGUAGUUACCUGAUGUGAGCUUGGUUGUGGUCCCAGCUGCAUCCCCCUGUCAGGUUUUGGAUAGAACCCUAUAGGCAGUCCCUGCAGAAGGAAAGCUAGCUCAGCAAGCCUCCUCCGCUCUGUCCAUCCCUUCCCAAAAUAUUGCAGGAAGUGCUUUAUACCCUUUGGAUGGGCACUGGAGGAGGCAGCAUGUGUGCGUGAGAGAGAUCAACCAUGGGAUGCAAGCAGGUCAUCUACUGACAGAUCCGCAGUAAAGGACACAGUCUGAAUCUGUGAUCUCAGGCUAAUAUUUUGCAAGUAUAAUUCUACUGACCUUAUUGGAGCCAUGCUUCAUUCACAAGCUGGAGUCUCUAUCUUCAUUACUGUUAAGAGACGAUGCAGUUUCUCCCUGUUACUUCAUUUUAAAUACCAUCAGUGGCUAAAUAAUAAAUUUAUUUCUAUAAUUCUGUUUUAAGAGGAUAAAUAAUUAGUCUUUUCCUCAUUUGGCAAAUGGGAAUUUAAAGAAACCCCUGCAUUUCCAAUAAAGUUAAAUUUAAAACAGCCUGCUUUGUUUCUUAAUGUGAAUUGCAGCGUCUGAUUGUGUAACACUUUGUCAUGUCAAAAUGGAUUUGUUUAUCAGUAUCAGCAUCACUGGCUUUGUCAGCAGAGCUCACUGUUACCAAGUAUAGUCAGUGGGGAAAACACAGACAUUGGGAUGUAUAGGUUCUACAGAAAUCCUACAGAUAUGGUGCUUGAUUUAAAAACCAAACCAAAUCUGAUGAUCUGAUGUUUCAGGUACAGAGGACUGUUCCUUUCCAAUUAUAACACUGCAAGUCACACAUUUUGAUCUUUAAAACCGUGGCAAUGUCUCUCUAGAUCUAUAUUCUCUUUGAAAAAAUAUUGCCUGAAAUAUUUCUGCAGCAGCAGUUCAGGCAUAAAUUUCUUUUUGUCAAUGAUGGCUGCUCAAGUAAUCAUGACAGUUUCAUACUGUUUUCAUUGAAAGGGUUGUAUCUGUCAAAUACUAAGCCUUACAAAAUAUUGCCUGCUGGAAAAGUGUGUUAUGUGCAGAUUUAUGCAGGGCAGCUCACCAAGCGAAAUUUGAAGGGGAUGAAUUUAAGUGGAUAUUGACCUUAGAUGUUUGAAUAAUAAUUUGAAUUUGUGUUCUAACAAGUAGCUAUUUAGCAUAACCUCCCCACCUCACCCCCAAAUACUGCAAAACUAUGAGUUAAGCAUAGGAUCAAACUAAAUGCUCAUUAAACACAGAAUUAUGUUGGACAGUCUGGUAGCUGGGAUAUUGGAAUUGAUAGACAGUAUAGAUGUGAGUCAUGCCAAUACAUACCAGCAACUGCGAUGUAGAGGAAUAUCCAAGUAGUGUUGUCUAAUCUUCCAUGGACAACGAUGACUGAAGAUACCUUUGAAUGACCACAGUGGUUUUCAGUAGCUUGUUAGUGCUGCUAAUUUUCAUGUAUGCUGUGCUUUGCUUCAGGUAUUCGUUAGUGCUAAAUGGACAGAGAAGGGACUCCUUUCAGUAGCUGUUCAUCAGGUGAGGCAGUCAAUGUGCUGUCACCCUGUCCUUGUGCUACGGAGCUGUGUUCUUAUGAGGAAAGGAAAGGAAAAGGAAGGGAUCCUUCCAGAUUCAACCUUUUUAUAGAGCGUUACAGUGGGUUCAGCUUCAAGCUUAUUGAACGUGCUCCACUGAGGUACCAUUUGCCUUUGUAUUCGGUUGACACCCUUUUGAAGAGAAGGCGCUCUCCAGCCCUCUAUGCCUCAUGGCUAGGUCUGUGUGGAGAUGGGAGGGGGGAUUUAAUUUUCAGGCCACUGACGCUAGUUUUUACAGCUUUGCAUUAGUGGAGAAAAACUGUGGCACCACUGAUCAGUUCUGUCUCGGCAGUUUUGGCAGUCCUCUCUUUGAUGGUUGUCAUGGAGGGCUUCUCUUUCGUCCCUUUUCUAUACUUGGUAAUGUGAAGUACUUCUCAGCAAAGGUUUUUGCAGUUUCCUGAUGAGUUUGGAAAAUAAAUGGGGUAUCUGUGUACAGCACAGGAAUGUUAAUUGAUGGAAGCAUUCAGCGUGUCACUACAGUGCUAAAAUCUUAGUACCACAUCCUGUUUGCCCUACUCACAAAUUUUUAAGCCCAGAUGAGAAUGUUACAGGCAUUUAGUUUGACUCAUGCAUAAGAAGGAUUGUAGGAUUUCAUCUAAUGAUUUCCACAUUCAGUUCAACAACCUAAAGCUCAACUGGAGUAUAUGCUUUCAAAAGGCAUUCAAUUUUUACAAAACAAAUAAAUUCUACCGCCUUUGCAGUCACCGACGUAAGUGCCGUAAGCUUCAGCAGAGCCAGCAUUUCCCACUGAGGUUACAAGUGACCAAGAAUUUACUGCAUCUCUUAUUCUUAUGUCUAAUUAUCCUCACUUUAAAAUUUGCAUUAUUGGGGCUAUUUCCUAGAGUAAGACAAGCAAGAUGUUACUCUUGUUUUUUAAACUCUCUAACAGAGUGCUUUUUAAGCUUCACUUGUUGUGACAAUAUUCUCACUGGGCACUGUGUUUGUGUGUGUUCUUCCCUCACUUUUUAAUUUAUUCUUAUGAUGAAUCUUUCCUAGAAUGUACAGGUUUUUAUUUUUCAGGAUACUUGAAAAAUGCAAGUCCCCAGGUUUUUAUCAUUGGGAUGUGUAAUCCAGCAGGAAUAAAGUGUGUGUGGGUAUGGGGGGAAGGAUACAUCCAGCUAUAUACAGUGUACAAGGUUUUACUAGUAAAAUGAAACAACACAUUGCUACAUGAGGACUUCAGUGCUAUAGCUGCAUUAUGUUGUUUGUCUGUGAAAUUACAUGGGACGUUAUUUUAGCACUAUUACUACUAGUUUAUAAAGCCAUAUUUAAACUUGUACACUUAAUUGUAACAUAACUUGAACUUGUGCGGUGUUGAUUUGUGUGUAUAUAUAUAUGUAUAUAUAUAUAUGGAAAUCUGUAUAUUUCGUCUUUAUGCCGUAUACGUCAUUGGUGUGUAAAUUAUAAUUACUGGAUCUAAAAUAC